AUGUUGCGGAAAAACAGCUUGGACUCUAUUGACACAUCUUCCAUAGGGACGCCGUCUCUACAGCCCACUAUCAGCAGACAGAGAAUAGAUCACUAUGACUACCUCGCCAAAAUCAUACUUGUUGGUCCGUCUGGAUGUGGCAAAUCCAGUUUGUUCCAUAGAUUCAUGAAAGGUGGUUGGAAUACGCUGACGUCUCAGACCAUUGGGGUAGAGUUUUCUUCAAAGAUACUUAGUCUCGGUCCCUCCAACGUGGAUAACGUCAAGAUGAAGAUGCAGCUCUGGGACACUGCCGGCCAAGAGAGGUUCCGGUCACUCACGAGAGGUUAUUACCGGGGAUCUGCUGGAGUCAUUUUGGUAUAUGAUGUAAUGGAUAAAAAGUCUUUUGCUAUGAUGCGUGAAUUUAUGAUAGACAUCAAGAAUCUUACCGAGUCAACGGUUUCUAUAGUGCUGGUUGCCAAUAAGUGUGAUCUGCUGGAUUCGCCCGAAGUUAAUCCCGAUGAACUGGUGACAAAAGAGGAGGCUCUGGAAUUUUGUUUGGAGUACUCUCGUGAACUGGCCACUGAAAUUCCACUAGUGUACGCUAGUGCGCUGAAAAACGUUAACGUUACUGAGAGCUUCGAGAAGUUGGGCUACAGUGUUUUGACAAAGGUUGAAUUGGGAACUUUGGAUCCCGAGAAUGUUAAUAGUGGGGUCCAAUAUGGUGAUUUUCCAUUUUACUCGGAGGUGGGCAACAGUUCAGUGCUCACUGUUUCCACAGAUCAUAGGAAGAGGGCUCUUGCUGCACUACGAAAGAAGCAGAGCUUAACUUUGAGUUUGAACCUCAGUGAGGAUGAAGAGCGCACUGGCUGGACAUGUUGUGGAUGGUAA